CGAACUGAAGUCGGCAUACUGAGCCCCAUUCUUUGCAAAACAGUUCUCGCUUUGGCGAUGGAAUCCUCAAGCAGUGCGCCCAGGUUUACUCGGUUGAUAUCCACGACCCCGCCAAAGGAUUUCGGUUAGAAGCGGAACUCAACCUUUACAAGUCAGGUCGCUGGUGAUUCCAACCUCUGAUCUCAGGAAACUACAUGUAUAUGAAGGUCGAGACCGGCGGGGCACCCAUAGCGCCAGGAAAGCGAAGAGGUAAGGUAUUGGUGUGGAAUUACCGUCCCGGAACUGUAGCGCGUUUGGAUCCGGGAAAGAUCGGGUGUCGAUUGUUCAUGAUUCCCUGGUGACGAUGAAAGUGGACGUGCUGGCUGUAGAGAUAAAAACCUUCGACAUAGCACCGCUGCACAAGCGUGUCGACUUCCCGGAUCUGAAAAACCUCCCCAUGGCCACCAUCCCGGCAAAGUCGAAAAUGUUCAGAUACAGGUUUGCCAUGGUGGAGGACUUCACCAUGAUCCAUUCCCCAGCCCGGGCCAGUGAUUGCGAGGAGACGCUGCCAGCCGUGGUAAUCAUGGAGGGAGAUGACACUGCUGAAUCAGACGAAAGCGACUGGGGCAUCCGUGCCAAAGUCAAGGUAGAAGCUCGCCCCUCCUGGGGCUUGGAACUUUAUUCAGUCGGAGUGGACAAAGGGAACGAGGAAGAGGAUACGGAUCGUGUGGGGACAUCGUCAGCGAUGCGGCCGAUCGGUGUAACGGCCAGUUACACGGGACGCCCCCGCUUCUAUAACAGAGACCACGAUAGGCUCCCCCAUCAAUUUGACCAGUGUGCUUCCUACACCGAGCACCACUUUUUCUUCGUUCCAAGACAGGUAAUCCCAGAGUCGCCUCACAGGGUCGCGGAAUAA